AUGCCAAAGCGAAAGGCUGCGUCGAAAUUGUCCAGGUUACUGGACGAUGACUUGGAGGACGACCUAUUGAUGAACGGCGGCGGAGAAUAUACUCAGGAUGAAAGCCCGGAAACCGGCGCACCUCCCGCAAAAAAAGCGAAGGGAAGACCGAAAAUCACUGAAGCUAAGGCUACGGCUGCCGCGAAACCCAAUACGCGUAAAGCUCGCUCUACUGUUGUUGUGGGACCAAAAAGAGGUCGCCCUGCGAGAGGCUCGACUAUCCGCAGACGCUCAAGGACCCCCGAAGACACCAAAGAGGCCCACGAGACCCCUGAUGCUAGUUUUUCCAAAGAAAGCGACCAUGGAAAAUGUAUAGGCGAUGAGCCACAUCCAGAGCCAAAGCAGCAAUCGGACGAUGAGCUUGAUUCCCCAGGAACAACAGCACAUGGUCGCACUCGGGAAGGUGACCGGACGAAAAGUGGACCUAAAAAGGUCAAAAGGCCAGGCAAGCGAGUGACUAUAGAUGAUGGAUUCGAGUAUACCCCGAUGGGGUCACGUCAUCCGAAGUCAACCCAACCACUUGCGAAAGAGAAUCCUGCAAUGAAAUCCAUGACGCGUAGCAUACAGCCUGGGGCUGAAUCCAAGCGUGAUGGGCGACAACAGCAGCAAGUGGAGGUGGAGGUGGAGAAUGAAGAAGAAGAUCAGGAGGAGGAGGAGGAAGAGGAAGAUGAGGCAGGGGACGGGGAGGAGAAUCAAUACCCGGCUACCCGAUCUAUAUCCCAUUCUCCCAUCAGAAGUUCCAACCAUGUUCACUUACAACAUAAGCCAUCCCAAUCAACCAACCAACGACGCAAACCUGGGGGAGGGGCAUCAAAUAUCGAGAAAGGCGACAAUGAGGCGACUUUAAGGAGGAAGCUAGGAGAUAUGACAAAGAAAUACGAGAAUAUGGACAUGAAAUAUCGAAAUCUACGAGAGGUGGGGAUUCUCGAAGCCAAUUCCAACGUGGAGAAGCUGCGGAAACAAUGCGAGUCGAACAAUGCAGCAUCAAAUGAAUUAAUCGCAUCGCUAAAAAAGGAGCUUGCCAUGAAGACGAGUCUAGCUAAAGAAUCACACACUCUUCAGAAGCAGCUGCAGGACCGUGAUGACGAAAUUGCGGAGCUGGAGGCUAAAAUCAAACAAUUGAGUUCGGACUUGACUAAUGCCCAAAACGAAAUCAAAGGCCUCCAAACGAAGCUGGCCGCUUCCCGAACCGCAGCAACAAAUGUGGAAUACGUUACAAGUUCCAAGGGUCCUGGAAGCGCUGCCAAAACCAACAGCAGUGGUGCUUCGCGAACGAUCGUGAUGGGUAGUGCUGAAGCGGCUCACGUUGCGCAAAUAGCUCAGCUGAAGGAAGACCUGUACAGCGACCUUACAGGCCUCAUUAUCCGUGAUGCUAAGAAGCAAGAAUCUGAUCACUUAUAUGACUGCAUACAGACGGGGAUAAAUGGGACAUUACACUUUAAACUCGCUGUCGCCCAUGAUUCGGAAAACAAGAACUUUGAAGCGGCAGAGUUCCACUAUUUCCCCCUCCUGGACCCCAACCGCGAUCGCGAUUUGGUUGAUAUUCUCCCCGAGUAUUUGUCUAUAGAUAUUACCUUCCCCCGGCAGCAUGCCUCAGUGUUCUAUAGUCGGCUGGUGGAUACGCUUACGAAGAAAGUGAGGCGAGCGGACGACUAG